ACCCUGAGUGCAGCAUGGCGGUAGCGAGGAGGUCGAGUCUGCUGUGUGUGGCGCUCCUCUUCUCGUGCCUCGUCAACCUCUUCUGGUUCCAGCGCGGCUCCACAACGACGACGACGACGUCGCGGGACGCCGUGACGGGCCGCGAGGGGAGCGCCCUCCAGCGCUCUCUCGAGAGGGUCGCCAACGGGCCAAUGGUGGAGACACUCAACGACGGGACUCUGACGGAGCAGCUCAACGACAUCGAGACCAUGUUGGAGAAGAUCCUCAAAGGAUUGCACAAGAGCGAUGGGACAUCGAAGAAAGAGGUCGUGUGCGAGGGGAACCAGUGGGUACCCGACCCCGAGACCCCGCUCUUCAAGGAGUGGGGCAAGGACCUCCCGGCGCGGCAGAAGCGCAAGGCGUGUGCCCGCUUCCUCACCUACGGCUACAACGCCUACCUGAGCGACCGGCUGCCCCUCGACCGCGACGUGCCUGACAACCGCCCUCCCGGCUGCAGCACCAAAUGGUACCCGUCAGAGCUGCCGGGUCUCAGCCUGGUGCUGAUCUUCUACAACGAGGCCGUCUCCAUCCUGCUGCGCGCCGUCACCUCCGCCGUGCGCAACACACCGCACCACCUCCUCAAGGAGAUCAUCCUCGUCGACGACUGCAGCGACUACGAUGACCUGCAGGAAGGGUUCGACUCCCUCGUCCAGGAGCUGGGCCGCAAGUACGACCAUGUGAAAUUCCGGCUGGAGCGGCACACGGGACGGAGGGGCCUCAGCGCGUCGCGUGUCACCGGCAUCCGAGCGGCCUCAGCGCCUGUGGUGGCCGUCAUGGACGCCCAUGUGGAGUUCCCCGUUGGAUGGGCCGAGCCAAUCCUGGCGCGAAUCCAGGAGGAUCGCCGUGUGGUGGUCUCCACGGUGUUCGACAACACGCACUACGACACGUUCGUCGUACACCGCUACGAGUCGCAGGCACAGACGUUCACCUGGCAGCUGUGGUGCACCUACAGAGAGCCUCCCCUCGACUGGAUCACCAACAAGGACCUCACGGCCCCCAUUAAGAGUCCAAUCGUGAUGGGCUGCAUGGCGGCCAGCAAGAGCUACCUGGAGGAGAUCGGCUUUCUGGAUGAAGGCAUGCAGGUGUACGGAGGGGAGAACGUGGAGCUGGGCCUCAGGGUGUGGCAGUGCGGGGGCAGUGUGGAGGUGCUGCCCUGCUCGCGCUUGGCUCACAUCGAGCGCUACUUCAAGCCGUACGCCCCGGACCUGAGCAUCCACAUGCGCAGGAACGCGCUGCGCGUGGCCGAGAUCUGGAUGGACGACUACAAGAAGAAUGUCUACCUGGCCUGGAACCAACCCGUGAAUGGCUCUGGGAUAGACAUCGGCGAUAUCUCAGACCGCGUGGCUCUGCGCAAGCGGCUCAACUGCAAGAGCUUCGAGUGGUACCUGGAGAACGUGCUGCCCUCACUGCCCAACCACAAGGAUAUCGUCCAGUACGGCGUGAUGAGGAGCGUUGAGAGGAAGGACCUGUGCCUGGACCGGGGCGACCCCCAGAAGAACACCCCCAUCAUCCACCCCUGCCAUGGAUUUCAACCCCAGUUGGCAGUGGAAACGUCUACCAAGAGGAUCAUGGUGGGCUUUAACGUGGACCUGAAGUCUCCCGGAGUCAUCUGCGUGGGGAUGUCCGAGGCAGGGACUGAGCCCGCCCUGCUCGAUUGUGACCUGGAGUCGGUGCAAGAGAGGAUCCUCAAGUUCCAGGACGGAGAACUGCGAAGCGGAGACGGAGCCAAGUGCCUGGAGGUGCGAGAGGUGGAGGGCGAGAGCUUUGGCGCUCGGCUCGUCAUCCAGCCCUGCACCGGAAAGAAGUGGAUCGUGGAGUUUUACAGUCCCCCCAAGUGAUCCCAGUCAUCAUCCUCUUCAUCAUCGUCAUCGUGAUGAAGACGGCGAUGACGAUCGUGACGAUGAUCGUUUACAGAGCGAGACCAAAUUUUCUAUAAUAAUUAUAAUUAAUGAUAAGAGAGGUGGCAACUGAUUUGUGCCUUUGGGAUGUUUUUUUUUAAGCAAUAUAUAUUUAAAAGAGGAGAACUGUAAAGAAACGACAGUGAAACUCUCUGCUGUGUUAACACGGUUGUGCCGAUUUCUGAAGGGCUGCAUUUUGUUUUGCUUUGCGCGGGAAUAGUUGCACGGCGAGAGCCGAUAUCACAGCGCGGGUGUCGAUUGACAUGGCUGGCACCGGCGUCACAACGGGAAUGCCCGCGCGUCUCCGCUUGUAUCUCCGUGUUUGUGUCUCUGCGGGUGUGUGUCUCCGUGUCUGUGUGUGUCUCCGUGUCUGUGUGUGUGCGUGCGCGUCUCCGCUUGUAUCUCCGUGUUUGUGUCUCUGUGCGUGUGUGUGUGUCUCCGUGUCUGUGUGUGUCUCCGUGUCUGUGUGUGUGCGCGUCUCCGCUUGUAUCUCCGUGUUUGUGUCUCUGUGCGUGUGUCUCCGUGUCUGUGUGUGUCUCCGUGUCUGUGUGUGUGCGUGCGCGUCUCCGCUUGUAUCUCCGUGUUUGUGUCUCUGUGCGUGUGUGUCUCCGUGUCUGUGUGUGUCUCCGUGUCUGCGUGUGUGCGUGCGUGUAUCCGUUUGUAUCUCCGUGUUUGUGUCUCUGUGUGUAUGUGUCGGUCUGUGCGUGUGUCUCCGUGUCUGUGUGUGUCUCCUUAUCUGUGUGUGUGCGUGCGUGUAUCCGUUUGUAUCUCCGUGUUUGUGUCUUUGUGUGUAUGUGUCGGUCUGUGCGUGUGUGUGUCUCCGUGUCUGUGUGCGUGCGUGUAUCCGUUUGUAUCUCCGUGUCUGUGUGUGUGUGUAUCCAUAUCCGUGUGUGUGUGUCUUUGUCUUUUAGUCUCCAUGUUUCUGUGUGUGUAUUAAUGUGUGUGUGCAUGUGCGUCAUCGUUUGGGGGGCCAGCGACGGCGGCCGACGGCAGCUUGCACUGCGCGUGCCUCGCCGGUGGAGAGGCGAGUG